CUUCCCUUCGUCCGCCGUUUCCAAUUGGGAGAAGCAGAAGAAGAAGACGAUGUAACAAUUAGCAUUAUCUGAUUCUGGGUUUGCUAAAAAUCGAAUUUUUCUGAAGAAUUAUGAUUUCAUUAGCUGUUUCUUCGUUGGGGAAUAAUACUCCGAUUGCUUCGUUUCACCGGCAUUUUAGUUUCCGGCAACGAAACCCUCUGAUUCAAGCAGCGGUUUCGCCUUCUUCUCCUACUGCUUCAUCUGGGUUUGAUUUUAGUACUCUUGAAUCCGCCAUUAAUAAGAAAGAUAGUAAUGGUGUUAAGGAAGCUCUUGAUAAAUUGAGUGAAGAAGGUUGGGCUAAGAAAUGGAGCUCUCAGCCUUACCUUUCGCGCCGUACGACAUCACUGCGGGAGCUGACAAAUCUUGGAAUCAAGAAUGCGGAGACUCUGGCCAUCCCUAGUGUCAGGAACGAUGCGGCUUUUCUUUUCACAGUAGUCGGAUCAACCGGGUUCAUAGCUGUGCUUGCAGGCCAACUUCCUGGGGACUGGGGAUUCUUUGUGCCUUACUUAGUUGGCAGCAUUUCGUUGGUAGUUUUAGCCGUGGGAAGCGUUUCACCAGGACUUCUCCAAGCUGCGAUUUCCGGGUUUUCUACUUUCUUUCCUGAUUACCAAGAACGAAUUGCUGCACAUGAAGCAGCCCACUUCUUAGUGGCUUACUUAAUCGGACUUCCGAUCCUCGGGUAUUCAUUAGACAUUGGUAAAGAACACGUCAAUCUCAUCGACGAGAGACUAGCUAAACUAAUAUACAGUGGCCAGCUUGACUCAAAGGAGCUUGACAGGUUGGCUGCUGUUGCAAUGGCUGGACUUGCGGCUGAGGGUCUGAAAUAUGACAAAGUGAUCGGCCAAUCUGCAGAUCUCUUCUCUCUUCAGAGAUUUAUAAACAGGAGCCAACCCAAAAUCACCAACGCGCAGCAGCAAAAUCUAACAAGAUGGGCUGUUCUUUACUCUGCAUCUCUUCUAAAGAACAACAAGACCAUCCAUGAAGCUCUAAUGGCUGCAAUGUCCAAAAAUGCAACUGUUCUUGAAUGCAUUCAAGCCAUUGAGACAGCUUCCUAGACUACUCACAGCUAUGUGGUUUCUCUAAACACAAUGAACAAUCUCUUUUGUCUCUUUUGAUCUAUCCAAUUCCAUGAACACAAAUUGAAUCAGAGAAAAAUAUUCCAUAACUUGUAUAAUAUAUAUAUAGACACAAAAGUUACAAAGACUUUCAAUAUCA